UACACACACUCCCAACCGAUCCAAACGGCUAUUCAAUUCCUGUCGAAGUCUAAACGAUCAGGAUGAUACCAACGGUGUACAGGAUAUCCAGCCGCGUAUCUUUCUUUUGUGCCGUAAUCAUUCCUCUCUCUGAAACUUGAAAUUUCCAUUUGCUUCUUCCCUGGACAGUUUCUUUUUCUCCUCUCUCGGUCAAACCUCAUUCUUCCACUAAAACAGCGAAAAUUCCACAUGUGAGAGUGGAAUCAAGUUGCCCUCAUCGUUAGCUUCACACUGACGGUUUCCAUUUAUCGAAUCGACUCUACUUUAGCAUUCAUGUAACUUUUUGUGUGAACCAUCCUCCUUUCAUCUUUCCAUGACGUUCUUUUCUCUAAUUAAGGAGAGAAUCAACAAGCUAUUUGAAAGUUGGAGUGAUUGGUGAAGACAUAAGAAACAAAAGCAAAACUAAGCAUAGGCAACAAUGGAGUUUGACAAUCCAUCAUAUGUUGAAGAUGCAUCGCUAACAGUGCCGGAAGAAAACAAUAUUUCAAAUCAAACCCUUCCUAUUUCUGUCAAUGGAAGAAUUGAACCCCACCACCAAGGAGGAGGUGAGAGUAGUGUUAAAGACCAAAUCAAGCUUGGGAAUAAUGUUUUUGAGGCUAAGAAGAUGAUGGAGGAGGAGUUGGUGGAAGUAAAAGAUGGAGAUACAAAAAUUAACCAAUAUUAUCUUCGAAAUAUAAGGCUAGAAGAUGAAGUGUUGCAAGGUCUUCAUACCAUGAGACAAGAAUUUGACUCCAGUAUGGUAAUUGCUUCACAAAAUAAAAGGAACAGAAAAAGAGAUCUUAUCGACCGGAUAAUUGACAUCCCAGAAGAGAUUGAACCUGAGUUGGGGUUUGAAUGUUGUAUCUACAAGGUACCUACUAGUCUUUUGAAUGUGCAAGAGGAGGCCUAUACUCCUCUAUUGAUCUCAAUUGGCCCUAUCCACCAUAACAAAAAAGGACUAAAUGAAAUGCAAGAGCAGAAACGUAAAUAUUUUCGUUUCUUUUGGAAUCGCCUAGAGAACAAGCUUGAUUUAGAGAAUUACAUAGGCUUCCUAGAACAACACGAGCAAAACAUACGCGCUUGUUACCAAAAGAAAUUUUCUGAUAUCAGCAAGGAGGAAUUUGUGGAGAUGAUGCUGUUGGAUGCAGUGUUCAUCAUGGAGCUGUUUUUGAGAGAAGAGAAAAGAUUGGAACAUAAGAAAGACUAUCUAGUGACUCAAAGAUGUGUCAGCAAAAGUAUCCAACGCGACUUGAUGCUGCUCGAGAAUCAGCUUCCAAUUGUAAUGUUGGAAAAACUAUAUGAUAGAGUUGUUCCAAAAAAUGUGAAAAAACAUAAAAAGUUUAUUCAUCUUGCACAUGAGUACUUCAGAUUUUAUUACCCUCAUCAGCAUUCUUCAGAAAACAAGUUUGAGCUGAGAAAGUGGGAAAAAUCACUACAUUUCACUGAUCUAACUAGAAAUGUCUAUCUUCCUAAGAAACUGAGAAGUCAAAUGAAAUAUUCUCAGCAGGAGUGUGUGCUAAGGACUGCAACUAAGUUGAAUGAGGCCGGGAUAAGCUUUGAGAAGGUUCAUGACAGAUGCUUACUAGAUGUGAAGUUUGAGAAGAAGCGAUUCUUCAGCUGGUUUCCUUGCUUUGGUUGCUUGCCAUGCUGCAAGUUGUUCAAAGCACGGUUUCAAAUCCCCGAGUUGAGAGUAGACCACACAACAGAAUGUGUUCUUAGGAACCUAAUAGCCUUUGAGCAGUGUCACUAUCCUGAGGAGCCUUACAUUUGCAACUAUGUUUCUCUAAUUGACUCUCUUAUUCACACCAAAGAUGAUGCAGAGUUUCUUGUUGAGAAAGAAGCUAUUGUCCAUGGACUGGGAAGUGAUCAGGAAUUGGCGAAUCUGGUCAACGGUCUUUGCAAAAAUGUGGUGAUAAAUUCAACAUGCUACCACCAAAUUAUGGAAGAUGUUAAUGGACACUACAACAACAAUUGGAAAUGGGCAAUGGGCACAUUGAGGUGGGUUUAUUUCCGUGACCCUUGGAGAAGCAGUUCUACUAUAGUUGGGAUUGCUAUCCUAGUAUUCACCGUCUUCAAUUUUUACCGCGUUACUGAUAUAAUCUUUAGCUAAAUUGAGAAUUAUAUUGAUUGAAUUACCUUUUUCUGUAUUACAUCAUUGUCAAUGAUUGCAAUGUA